UGUUGUUUUACUUGCGACCGAAUUCUAAUGGCCCGAAUUUUGGUAGAAGAGACAGAACUUAACCGUUAUUUUGACACGAAUAGUUGGAAAUAUGAUUCCUUGUAUACAGAGACAACUUUCUCCAGUUAUCAGAAUUCAAGUACUUGGAUUCUUUGUGUUGUCGUGCUUCUGUCGUCACUAUUAUUAUACUAUGUUUGGAACUGUAACAAGAAACUACUAGAAGAAAUUUAUUCCAACAAUAGCCGCUACCGCUUCCGCUUUGUACAAAAAGGAAGUCAAAUAGCAAAUACAGACCCAGAAGUGAUGAGUAGCUAAAGUUUCGUCUAUUACUUGUUCUUUUUACUU